UGAUAACCUGCUCCGAAGAGCUGCAUGCCAAGAAGCCCAGGCUUUUGGCAACCAGCUGAUCCCAUCUAGUAUGCCACUGAAGAAAGCAACAGUGUUCCUCAACCCAGCAGCUUGCAAAGGAAAAGCCAGGACCCUUUUUGAAAAGAAUGCUGCUCCAAUUUUGCAUUUAUCUGGCUUGGAUGUAACUGUAGUUAAGACUGAUUAUGAGGGACAAGCAAAAAAGCUGCUGGAAUUGAUGGAAAACACAGACCUGAUCAUUAUUGCAGGAGGAGAUGGCACAGUGCAAGAGGUCAUAACUGGACUUCUCCGCAGAACAGAUGAGGCUGUCUUCAGUAAGAUUCCUAUAGGAUUCAUACCUCUUGGGAAGACAUGCGCUUUGAGCCAUACGCUCUACCCUGAGAGCACGAAUCAAGUCCAACAUAUUACUAAUGCUACAUUGGCCAUUUUGAAGGGAGAGACAGUUCCACUUGACGUUUUGCAGAUCAAGGGAGAAAAGGAGCAGCCUGUGUUUGCAGUGACUGGUUUAAGAUGGGGAUCCUACAGAGAUGCAGGAGUUAAAGCUAGCAAGUAUUGGUACCUUGGGCCUCUAAAAACCAAAGCAGCUCACUUUUUCAGUACAUUUAAGGAAUGGCCUCAGAAACAUCAAGCUGCUCUCAUGUAUCUUGGUCCAACUGAGAGACCUCCGGAAGAGCCAGAGGAGAAACUGCCCAGACCUCCUUUAUAUGUGAGGCUUUACAGACGACUUCGGUUAUACUGGUCACCUCCUCCAAAAGAAGUCCCCCAGGAGGUAGCCCCAGAGGACUGGGAGGAACUGAAUCUGUCCACCAUUGAGCUUUCCAUUGCAACGCGAAACAGGCAGCUUGAUCUGGCGCGCACUGAAGACUUCAUGGAUAUUUGUAUUGAAGCAGAUACUGUCAGCAAAGGACAGUUUGUAAACAGAGGAAGUCAAAAGAUGCGUGAUCCGCAUACGUGCCCUGAAGGGAGUCAGUGCAUCCACGCCAGCAGAUGCAUCUUGCAACUUCCAGAGGGCAUGGAGGGAACCUUUGGCAUUGAUAAUGAGGAGUAUGAAGCUAUGCCCGUGGAGGUGAAGCUGUUACCCCGGAAACUCCGGUUCUUCUGUGACCCCAGAGUGAGAGACCAGAUGCUCCAUGCAGUACAAUGAGAAUUCAUGUCAAAGGG